AAAUAGUUCUGUGCUGGGAAAUGUUGACCAGCACCUCUCCUUCCUUUUUGUUUGCUUGAGCAUGCGUGAGGACUUAAGCCCCGCCCCCAACGUCCUGAUUGGCACCGCUGUCGCCUGGUAAAUCCUGCCCCACCUUCCCUCCUUCUCCACUUCUCAACCUUACUAAAGGCCAAUACUCGCCUUCCUUACGCCAGUACUCACUGUACUGGAAGCAACCCGUACGUGCCUUUGUGCACGGUGGCUGCCGCGACCUCCUGAUGGCUUCAUAGUAAGCCGGGCCGAACUCCCCCUCACAUACACCUCUCCGAACGGGAACAGGGCCGCCUGGGACUCGCCGCGGAGAUGCUGAGCGGUACAGCCGGUCGGGCAAGGACGAGGCUGGGUAGCCUCUUCCUCGCGCCCGCUACCACAAUGGCCCCACUACUACCAGCACCACUAGUACCAUUAGCGCCGCCGUUGAUGUCAAACGCGUGCGGCCGCCGGCUGAGGUCCACGUCCUCCUCCCUGCAGGGCUUCUCCGAACUGGCCCGAGAGCGGUCCAAGACGGUGACGUCGUUUUACAACCAGUCGGCUAUUGACAUCUCCGCGGAGAAGGCCUCGGUGCGACUUACCUUAGCCACUUUGCUGUAUGCGGGCAAGUCCCCAGACGGCCACCACAUCCUGAGCAGCGCCAAGUACCUGCACAAGGAGCUCCCCGUGCGCAUCGCCCACCGCAUCAAGGGCUUCCGCAGCCUGCCCUUCAUCAUCGGAUGCAAUCCCACCAUCCUGCAAGUGCAUGAACUCUACAUCAGAGCGUACCACAUGCUCAGCGACUUCCCCCCUAUCAAGGAUCAAGACGUGGAAGCUCGCUUCUGCAAGCUGGUGCAGCAGCUGCUGGACGACCACAAGGACGUGGUUACCAUGUUGGCUCAGGGAUUCCGGGAAUGUCGCAAGCACAUUCAAGACGAGAUUAUACUCCGCAGUUUCCUGGACACCACGUUGUGCUCCCGUCUGGGAAUACGGAUGUUGGCCACGCAUCACCUCGCCCUGCACGAAGACAACGCCGACUUCGUGGGCAUCAUCUGCAGACGUUUGUCCCCCAAGAAGAUCAUCGAGAAGUGGGUGGACUUUGCCAGGCGUCUGUGCGAGCACCAGUACGGCAACUCUCCGAGAGUUCGCAUCAACGGCCACGUGGCGGCGCGCUUCCCCUUUAUCCCGCUGCCGCUCGAUUACAUCCUGCCCGAGCUGCUCAAGAACGCCAUGAGGGCCACCAUGGAGAGCCACUUGGACACACCUUACAACGUCCCCGACGUGGUGGUCACCAUUGCCAACAAUGACACCGACUUCGUCAUCAGGAUUUCGGACCGUGGUGGUGGCAUCCCGCACAGGAUCAUCGACAAGGUGAUGGAUUACCACUUCAGCACGGCCGAGGAGAGCGCGCAGGACCCUCGCAUGAACAACUUCUUCAACAACAUCACCAACAGCGGGAACCAUUCGGGACCCAUGCACGGGUUCGGUUUCGGGCUGCCGACAUCACGGGCGUACGCUGAGUACCUCGGGGGUUCGCUGUCCAUCCAGUCGAUGCAGGGCAUCGGCACCGACGUCUACCUGCGUCUGCGCCACAUCGACGGAAAGGCCGAAAGCUUCAGAGUUUGACUCCUCCUCCGCCACGCCGGCCUUCACGACUCCCCAAAUUCUUUGCUCCUUUGUUUUUAGCCACCUUUGUUUCUUUAUUUUUUUUUUACAGAAGCGUGGAGCUGCCAAUGUGGAGCAAAUAUAUAUAAUAAUGUGGACCACACCCAUACUCGUGAGUACGUUUGAACCUAUUUAAAUACCUUCGAACGAACUCACAAAAACAUUUGAUUA